UCCUGCGCUUGCAUUUGCCUUCAUCCGAUCUUCAUUGUUUGAUUGAUUGAUUUGGCGGAAAAUGUUCCCUUCGUGUUAUUCUAAGCCUAAAAAUGGCUCUCAGUUUAAGAUGUCGUACACGAAGGUGUUGUUUGGGGUUUUGGUGGUCUAUGUGCUUCAUACGUGUUGGGCCUUAUACGGCUUCGUGCACACAAAAGCCUGUGACAGCGCUAAAGGUGACGAUUGCGUUACAUCUUAUCUUCAUGCCAAACCGCGUCUCCAGCUGAGCGUGUAUUCGACGCUGGAUCCUAGUGAUGAGUCUGCGUAUACACUCCUCCUCAAAGUGGAUCAAUUUGAAGUCCAUUCCAAGCUUGAAAGGAAGGUGAAUGUGCUAUUGUUUGCAUUGAAUCCAAAGAAUGAGACGCUGCAUGCUGUGGUGUUUGUACAUAAGAAUGGAGUUUUACCAUGGAAAGACAGCAAAUACGUGCGAAUUGUGACUCGCCUGACCUCUCAGCUGUUACCAGUUCCUCCCGUGGCCGUUGCCGGCUCUGCCAAACCAACUAAGAAGGGAACAGAAGUGCAAAAGGUCAUGUCCUACUGGAAAUCCUGCAUCACUCUAAACAUGAUGACAGAAGACUUCACGUUUAAUAAUGCAGCCGUGCCCAGUGACAUGCGCAGAUAUAUGAAAAUAGUUGAAGAUGGAAAGAAGGACAAAAAGAAAAUAUAUCUUCCCCUUUUACUUGUGGAUGAAAUGAGGAGCAGACUAAAGGAUUUAAUUGAGAUAAACAGCACCACAAAAGCAGUCCCACUAACUGUGUCCUAUGAUACAAUAACACUUCGCAAAUUCAGAAUGUGGAUCCAUAUCCAAGCUGUCAUAUACUCACUCAAACAUUUUGGAUUUUCCGAGCAAAGGCUUGAUGAAAUAAAAGGGAUGUUUGUUGAGACUGGCCUUCACAUGUUGGUUUUGUCGAUCCUGGUGCCGGCAUUCCAUCUCUCGUUUGAAGUAUUUGCUAUGAAAAAUGACGUAAGCUUUUGGAGAGGAAAAAAGACUUUAGCUGGCAUCUCCAGGCGAUCAGUGAUCUGGAGGUGUUUCAGCACUGUUGUGAUAUUCCUCCAUUUGUUAGAAGAGCAGACCAGCUGGCUCACCCUCAUUCCUAUAGGAUUUUUAUCAUUAAUUGAGCUUUGGAAAGUCAGCGGACUCUUUGCAGUUUGGACCAUAUUUAAAGAUAAUGGAGCAGAUGACAUGGAGCGAGCAACAGAAGAACAUGAUUCCAGGGCAAUGAAAGUCUUGUCCUAUUUAAUGUAUCCUCUGUGCAUCAGUGGUGCUGUAUACUCCUUCUUAUAUCACAGAAAUAAAAGUACUUGGUACUUCUGGAUCAAGAACAGUCUUGUCAGUGGGAUCUACGCACUUGGAUUUCUGUCUAUGGUCCCUCAAUUAUUUGUCAAUUACAAGAUGAAAUCAGUUGCCCAGCUACCAAUGUCAGUGUUACUUUACAAAGGGUUAAACACUUUUAUAAGCGAUAUAUUUAGUGGAAUUUUAAGCAAUCCUGGACCACAUCCACUGGCUUGUUUCAGAGACGAUGUGAUCUUUCUCAUCUACCUCUACCAGCGCAGGAUUUACAGUGUGAACAAAUCUAGAGUUCGCGAUUAUGCAUCACACAAGAAGAAACCUAAAGGAAAAUCACAUGAGGACUGAACAUGUGUAAUAGAGGAGUCCUAGUAAGAGCUCAAGCUUCACGCAUGCUAUACCAGAGAGAAGCAAGUGUAAAUAUGAAAGAAGACUGAAGCUUUACUCCAAGGACAAAACAAGACUUUGUUUCAGUCUCUCACAGUUCAGCAUGAAGUUGUUCUAAAUCUCAGAUGUAAUUUCAGUACCGCAUGACAAGUCUUCUAAACAAGGCUGAAGUUUAGUGUUAUUUCAUCUCCUUAAACAAUAUAAUGAUGAUUAACUUGAAAGAAGAUCAGCUACAGAAUAAGAACAUCUACAACUGUAAGGAGGGAAUGUUAAAUGGCCCUAUCUAUGCUACAAUAACCUGCAAAAUAACAUAAUCUAACCAGGUAGGUGUACAUGUGACGAAAAAAACACAGUCAAAAAAUCACCUAUAGCUCAGGAUUCUAAUCAUUUCCACAGCCUAAAUGUUAUUAUAAGGCCUUAUUAAAUGGUCUGCUUUACUGUAGCAUGGACAUUGUAGUGGUCAGUAGACAAAUGCUGCCUUUGUCUGUUGAUCAAUGCUGUGAUUUACACACUGCCACAGUGUGUAACUGCAGAGAGCUGUCACUGAGGAAUAAAAUACAGAAUUAAAUAGUGUUGUACCUUUACCUAUGAAAAGCAAGACAUGCUUUAGUAAUGUAUUUAUUGAAAAUGUUUUACA